GAUCGGGUUAGAUACACGACUUUGUUUUGUUUUAUUUUAUAAAUGCCAAGUACGGAGCCGUAUUCAUCCAAUUUGUGCGCGGGUAGACUAGCGCUAAGCAUAUCGGUCGGAAAACGCGUUCCUCAAAGAAAACCAGUGGAAACCUUCUGAGUUUCGUUAAUCCGUGCUCAGAAAUCGUGGUGUGGAGAUCGCGUUCGGUAUAUAUUGGGUGGUGGUCACGAGUUUCAUUCAGCUAUAAGAACGUUGCAUCAAGUUGCGAGGGGCUUAGUGUGAAAAUGUGGUUCAAAUUGUUCAUCGGAUGCUGUGUGAUAGGAGGAUUGUUAGCUGAACAGAAUGUAACUGAAGAGACGGCCGGUAAGGAAAAGCGACAGACUGAUCAUGAGACGCGCACGUUACCGCAAGCCGCAGACCGACGACAACACCAAGGAGCAUACUAUUCGGAUCCUGAAGCCACAGCACAUCUCUAUGCCCAACAAAGUGAAAAUCAAUAUCUUUUCAGGCCCCAUCAACAGAAAACUGGUCAAGAACAAGUGCGUGAGUUACCACAAGAAUAUCUCAGUUUAUACCAGCAGCUGUCCGAGCACCAAAAACUUGCUGCAAGAAACAAACAUGCAAAGCAUUACACUUACGAUGCACCGAAUGUUCAAAACGAACAGUAUUAUCAACAACAACCGCAACAGGCACAACACCAUAACCAAAUUCAAUAUAUCACCGAGGAAGAGUACGCACAAAUUGUGAAGCAAGCCCAAGCCCAAAAUCAGCAAGAGUCCGCACAGCAUGGUCGUCCUGUGGACAAACAAGAAUCGCCUAAGUACCGUCCGUCAGUUCAACUGUUAGAGACUGCUCAAGACCAGGGACAACACUAUCCACAAUCUGAAGCCGAUCAAUACCGUGUUCAAUACAAAAGCAUACAACAGGUCGGUUCUGUAACUCCCGUUCCAAAGCCAAUAAGCUCUUUUUCGUUUGAAAAAGAACUUGCCAAAUUGGUAGAAUCCAAUCAUCCUCUAGCAUAUCAACAUUCAUCAAACUCACAAAGACAGGCUGAGCGUGGCCAACAGGAGAGCAUUUCUAGAUAUACCGCCAAACCUCAGUCCUCAGAGUAUGCAUACUCUCAAACAAAUGCCAACGAACAAACCUCCAAACAAUCAAUAAAGGCUCAAUACAUCGCACCGUUUGCGCGAGCAACAGGUAAACCAAGCGCAGUACAUCUUCAAGUUGGACCUCAAAAAUUUACGGAGAAUUCGGCACAGAAAUACCAUUAUGCUGGACAAGAUUCGCCAUCUAAACAACAUUCUCCACAACAGUACUAUGCUGAUGCCUCACCAAAAUAUGUCACCCCUCAUGCUGCUGAAAAGCACCAUGCUGGAACGCCGUCUCCUAAGAUCCAAUAUUAUGUUCCCAAAGAAAAGAAUCUACAAGUAUACUAUCAGCAACAGGCUCCCGAGAAGCAACCGAUCGAGCAGCACUCGUCUCAGCACCCGAUGAAGGUUGUGGAGGCACCCCAGUUGCAGCACGAGAAGCCGCACAAGCAGAUACAGACGCAUCGUCCAAAACCUCAGUACAUCACUGUUGAUAAACAUGCUGAACAAAGCCGCCAAUCAAUCCAGAGAUCAAAGGACUCAGAACCCCCAUCACGAUCGACUAUUUUUGUUUCUCAACAGACCGGUAUUGCGCCAACAUCUGGUGCAAACCAACACGCCAACAAUGAGAAACAGCAUUCCUCCCAGCAGCACAAAAUUCCACCAAAGAUUGAUCGUCCUUUGUCUCAGGAAGAGUUUCAAGCAUUGGUAGAUGCUGGCUACUCGGUUGUACCAGUGCCCGUACCAGUACCCGUUCCAUUUUCUCAGUAUCACGCACAACAAGAGGCAAAUCGAGGGGGUCCGAGACCUGGCCAAUCGGCGCGCCAUGGCCCAGUUGCCCAGGCCAGCCGUUACCACGCACAGCAGAUAGCCGCUGAGAAUAAUCCCAGCCAAGUCGUCACCUAUCUGCGCCCUCUGCAUAUUGAUCCAUUCUCAAGCGGCAUUCGGGGACCCAAUAAGGCUGCUCCUUAAAAGCGCGGUUAUGUACUAAAAUAGCUGAUUAGAUAAGUAUUAUAGUGUUUAAUAUAAUUUAUGGAAGUCGUUAUACAAGUACGAUAUCGAUGAAGAUAUACGUUUUCCAUAUGUUGAAUCGUGAUAUAAUUGUUGCAUAUAAUUUAUGAAAUCCUUUGUAUAAUAUUGUUAGAACAAAUAAAGUUAUAUAAUUUAAGCAAGACAAUACUCAA